AUGGAUCAUAAAUCAGAAUUUAAAUGCUUGGGGAAGACUCCUCAGAGGAGAAAAGAUCUGAGUCAGGACUUCAAAAUAAAUAGAAUUUUAAAAGGUCCAAAAGUGAGGAAGACUAGUACAGACAGAAAGAACAGCAUAAAUACGGACCAGCUUGAUCCCGGCCGCCCCUACGACCUGGCGGCGGCGACCGUGGCCACCGACCUGGAGAAUGGAGGAGUCGGCGCGGCUUGCGGCAGCAGCAACCCGGCUCUCCUGCCGCGGAGGGAGACGGAGGAGUUCAAUGAUCUCCUGGACCUGGACUUUAUCCUCUCCAACUCGCUGUCCCAUCAGGAGUCCGUGGCCGCCACAGUGACCUCGUCGGCAUCAGCCUCAUCCUCGUCCUCCCCGUCGAGCAGCGGUCCAGCCAGUGCGCCCUCCACCUGCAGCUUCAGCUAUCCAACCCGGGCCGGGGGCGACCCGGGCGUGGCGGCGCCGGGCGGUGCGGGCGGCGGCCUCCUGUACGGCCGGGAGUCUGCACCGCCUCCGACGGCUCCCUUCAACCUGGCGGACAUCAACGAUGUGAGCCCCUCCGGCGGCUUCGUGGCCGAGCUCCUGCGGCCCGAAUUGGACCCAGUGUACAUUCCGCCGCAGCAGCCGCAGCCGCCAGGUGGCGGGCUGAUGGGCAAGUUCGUGUUGAAGGCGUCGCUGAGUGCCCCUGGCAGCGAGUACGGCAGCCCGUCGGUCAUCAGUGUUAGCAAAGGCAGCCCGGACGGCAGCCACCCGGUGGUGGUGGCGCCCUACAGCGGCGGGCCGCCACGCAUGUGCCCCAAGAUCAAGCAGGAGGCUGUCUCCUCGUGCACCGUCGGUCGGCCCCUAGAGGCCCACUUGGGCACUGGACCUCCUCUCAGCAAUGGCCACCGGCCGCCUGCUCACGACUUUCCCUUGGGGCGGCAGCUCCCCAGCAGGACUACCCCGACCCUGGGUGCCGAGGAACUGCUGAGCAGCCGGGACUGUCAUCCUGCCCUGCCGCUCCCCCCGGGCUUCCAUCCCCACCCCGGGCCCAACUACCCUCCCUUCCUGCCCGACCAGAUGCAGCCGCAGGUCCCACCGCUCCAUUACCAAGAGCUCAUGCCACCCGGUUCCUGCAUGCCGGAGGAGCCCAAACCAAAGAGGGGAAGGCGGUCGUGGCCCCGGAAAAGGACGGCCACUCACACUUGUGAUUAUGCAGGCUGCGGCAAAACCUACACGAAGAGUUCUCAUCUCAAGGCACACCUGCGCACCCACACAGGUGAGAAACCUUACCACUGUGACUGGGAUGGUUGUGGGUGGAAGUUUGCCCGCUCAGAUGAACUGACCAGGCACUACCGCAAACACACCGGGCACCGCCCCUUCCAGUGCCAGAAGUGCGACCGGGCAUUCUCGAGGUCGGACCACCUCGCCUUACACAUGAAGAGGCACUUUUAAACCCCCAAACAGUGGAUGUGGCCCACACUGCCAGAAGAGAAUUCAGUAUUUUUUACCUUUCACACUCUCUUCCCGGUGAGGGGAGGAACCCAGCUGGAAAGCACUACAAUCAUGGUCAAGUUCCCAACAAGUCAACUUGUGAAUGGAUAAUCAGGAGACACAAGGAAACCAAAAGACAAACUCAAGAAAAAAAAAAAAAAAUGGGGUCUGUGACUGGAUCUUCUAUCAUUCCAAUUCUAAAUCCAACUUGAAUAUAUAUAUUCCUGGACUUACAAAACGCCAAGGGGGUGACUGGAAGUCGUGGAUAUCAGGGUAUAAAUUAGAUCUGAGAGUUGGGGGGGAGGGAAGACCAGAACCCCUUGAGAAUUGUUUUGAUGCAAUAUAAGCCUAAAGAUCACCUUGUAUUCUGUUUGCCUUCUAAAAGCCAUUUUGACGAUCUUAGAAGAAGAGGAAGAAAUUCAGGUACAGAAAAUGGUGUUUAAUAGCCUAAACGAUGGUGCUUGGUAAGUCUUGGUUCUAAAGGUACCAAAUGAGGCCAAAGUUCUCAAACUGCUGCAUACUUUGACAAGGAAAAUCUAUUUUUGUCUUCCGAUCUACAUUUAUGACCUAAGUCAGGUAAAUACACCUGGUUUACUUUAAUCUUUUUAUGCAGACAGUCUGUUAUGCACUGUGGUUUCAGAUGUGCAAUAAUUUGUACAAUGGUUUAUUCCCAAGUAUGCCUUAAGCAGAACAAAUGUUUUUUUCUAUAUAGUUCCUUGCCUUAAUAAAUAUGUAAUAUAAAUUUAAGCAAACUUCUAUUUUGUAUAUUUGUAAACUACAAAGUAAAAAAAUGAACAUUUUGUGGAGUUUGUAUUUUGCAUACUCAAGGUGAGAAUUAAGUUUUAAAUAAACCUAUAAUAUU